CUGAGGUUCGGAUCCUUUGAAGAGCGCAUGAACGAGAUGAUGAAAACGAUAGGAUGCAUCGAUAAGAUCAUCGCGAUGGAUCAAGGGUCUCUCGAGAGUGAGAAAACCAAAGAAGAAGUGACCAAAUAAUCAGAGGUGAUUGUGAGUGAUGAACCGAUCUUGAAUCAGAUCCAGCUGGUGACUAGGAAGGAAGAUAAGAACGAGAUCCCACUGAUUGAAUUGGAUAUUAAAACAGAGGUGAUGGCCUGUGACGGAGAAAAAGCAUAUCUUGCAUCCAUGGACGACGGUUCCGAGAAAGCUCAAUCCGAUGAAAAAACAGAGUAUGAAGAAGAAAAAUAAGUGGUGGAAGAAACAAACCGUACAUGUGGUGAAAAUCAAUGCUGACGGAUAUCUGAAGAAGAGCGUAAGGAUUCUUAACCCGAGUCUGUUAAUGACUGUACCGGAGAAGAACUAUCUGACAACGCAAAGGAUGGUAUCUGAAGUCCAUCUGGUGCUAGAGGAGAAGGGGAUAGAAGAUGAUCUGGUUAAAUCCAUGGAGAAGCUGCCUCAUAAGCACAAAAAUAGUACAAAAAAAGAAGACGAGAUGGAAACCAGUGGAGAUUCAAAAACGUUCAGGGAACAUAUCUAAAUCAGCUGAAAAUAUGAGGAUUGUUCUUGGUCAUAGGAAGGUCAUGAAUUGGGUUUGUGCUAUACACCUAGACGAGGAACAGCAGCAGCUGGAGAUUAAAAAUGGAAAUAACAACAUGGAGCACGAUCUACAGAGAGAUUACUCUGUUCUUACUAAGGAUGAUCUCAGAGAGAAGAUGAACAAACAAAUCGACGAUCUCUGUGAGAUGUUCUUGCUUUCAAAAGCUGAUGCAACUGUAUUCCUUAAGAAAUUCCAAUGGGACUUGCAACAUGUUUCAGAACGUUUGAGCGAAAACAAGGAGAAACUAUUGAUGGGAUUAGAUUUUUCAUCAGCUGUAACCGACUCAAACUAUGGUAAUAAAUUAUUCUCUGUGGAGAAAAACCUAGCUAGGCUAACGUUGGAGGCUAGAGACCUUUACGGGGAAUAUGUUGUUAGAUCUUACUUCGAGGAAAACAAGGGUUCGAUGAUCAAACAGUGUCCUGCACCGGGUUUCAGUUACUUCAUUGAGUUUCACAGGGACAUUGAUGUUGAAGAGUAUGGUUUAAACGUUGCUGUGUUUAUGCGGGCAUACAUUUUGUGGGAGAUGCAUCCUUGAGUCACACAGACCUGUGACAUACAACAACGCAUCUUAUUGGUUGUCUAGAGACUUAAAGAAGUUAUCAGAGUUGCCACAAAUGUGAUUAAGUAUUUCUUGCAUCGAAAGAAACUCCAAGCGUUACCCACAUUGCCAAUUUUCUUUAGAGAUUGAUUCUCGAUCACGAGUUUUCCGGCUUGUG